AGUCUCUAGCAGCAGAAGUAGCUGAGAGAGGAGCUGAGCCUGUCUGCCUGCGAUAACCGCACGAAUUUCUGGGUUCGAGCAUUUACGUAGGUGGAUUGAGACAUUGGAAAAUGGCCUGUUCAGCAAUGAGGUAUCCCUUGCUGAGAAACCCAACGGUUCGGCAUUAUGCAGCCGCAGCAGCCGCCCAAUGCUCUCCAAUGACCAACGCAAAUAUCAAAGUUUUAGGAAAUAAAGUAACCAUUGCAGCUAUCGAUAACAACAGUCCGGUUACUCAAGUUUCUAUCAUAUUCAAAGCUGGAUCUCGCAAUGAGACCUAUGAUACUCAAGGCAUAUCGCAUAUGCUCAGAAUAUGCACUGGAUUGACCACCAGUCAUUCCACUGCUUUUGGUAUCACAAGGAAUAUUCAACAACUUGGAGGAGACUUGACAACUAGCUCUGAUCGAGAACAUGUAUCCUACACUCUUAAGAUUACCCGUAAUAACCUUGGCCCUGCACUCAAGUUCUUGGAGGACAUUGCUACUGCUCAAGUAUUCAAGCCAUGGGAAAUCAGUGAUGAAAUUCCCAGGCUGCGAUAUGAAGUUUCUACAAUUCCAGAUAACGUACGCUUGAUUGAGCUGCUUUACAAAGCUGCUUAUCGGGAUGGUCUUGGAUACUCUCUCUACUGUCCUAAACGACAAAUUGGAAAAAUCAGUUCUGAAACGCUCCGCCACUUUGUAUCCAGCAAUUUCAGUGGUCCCAAAUGUGUUGUAGCAGCUACUGGCAUUCCUCUUUCUGAAUUGGAAAUGUUUGCUGCAUCAUUGAAUGUUUCAAGCCAAGAUAGUGCCGUCCCUGCAUCAAAAUAUCACGGCGGUGAAUUGCGCAAAGAGCGAAACUCUCAGCUGGCUAGUGUAGCUGUAGCUGUCGAAGGAGCUGCUCUCAAAAAUCAGAAAGACAGUAUUGCUUUUGCUGUGUUGCAAAAAGCUGCAGGUGAUGGUCCCAAAGUAAAGUGGGGAGGAUGCAACACCCCAUUGUGGAAGGCUGUUGCUAAUAAAAGUCAAGAUCCAUUUGCUAUAGUCUCCUUCAAUGCUAGCCACAGUGACUCUGGUUUGUUUGGUUUUGUUCUUUCCGCUCCAGGAGAAAGUGCAGGAGAACUUGUAAAAGCUGGGGCUAAGUGGCUGCGAGCACCCAAAUUGUCAGAUGAUGAUAUUGCACGUGGUAAAGCAACCUUGAAGACUUUAGUAUUGUCUGCGGGAGAUAACAGCUCUUUACUCCAUGAAAGUGUUGGACAUCAAGUUCUUUUGUCAGGCAAUGCUUUAACUCCAGAUGCAAUUGCUGCAGAAAUUGAUAAAAUUUCUCCAGCUGAUGUUAAAAACGCUGCCAACCAACUAUCUAAGGGAAAACUGACAGUAGCAUCGAUUGGUAAUCUAUCUACAGUUCCUUAUGCUGAUGAACUGUAGAAUAAUAUAGAAAAGUCAUCAAUAGAUUCAGUAAAGCUUUCACUGUUCUAAAAACUGAGAAAAGUAUGUAAUCUGUUAAUCAUUUUUUGACACAUUGUGCAUUAAAUCUUUUAAAAUACUAAAAGUGUCAUUGUGUACAUAUUGAGAAAUAAAUGAAACAAUGAGAAAUAAAUGAUUCGAUUAAUUUAUGUUAAAAA